AUGUCAUAUAAUUUUGAAUCUGAAGUACCCGAAGCGCUUGGACAGUUGCUCAAAACAGAAGAGGAUUAUAAUGUUAUAAUUCAUAUUGGAGAAGAACCUAAUUUUAAGGAAUUUCAUGCGCAUUCUAAUAUUUUACGCUGUAGAUCCGAAUAUUUUAAUAAAAUACUUUCCAGUGAAAAUAUUGAAAGAAAAGAUGGAAAAUAUAUAAUUAAGAAAUCAAAUAUUUAUCCUCAAGCUUUUGAAAUUAUCCUUAAGUACAUUUAUACUGGUAAAUUUAAUAUUACUAAUAAAGCCGGAACCGAACUUUUGGAUUUUAUGAUUAUUUCUGACGAAAUGAUGUUGAAAAAAUUAACCAAACUUACCGAAGAUUUUAUCGUCAAAAAUCAACAACAAUUCUUACAAAAUGAUCCAGUUGGAAUUCUUCAAAUCGUAUAUUAUUGUAAACCACUCAUUAAUUUGCAAGAAUUUUGCUUGGAAAAAAUUUGCUCUAAACCAGAAAUUUUAUUCAAAUCUGAUAAAUUCAUUCAACUACCUGCUCCUUUAUUGGAAAUUAUUUUAAAACGUGAUGACUUGAAUUUAAAAGAAAUUGAAAUUUGGGAAAAUUUAAUUAAAUGGGGAUUAGCUCAAGAGAAAUCACUUAAUCAAGACGUCUCUAAAUGGAGCAAAGAUGAUAUUAAUAUACUUAAAAGGAUUCUUUACAAAUUUAUUCCUUUAAUUAGAUUUUUUGAAAUAUCUACCGAAGAUUAUUAUACUAAAGUUAAACCUUAUGAAAAAAUAUUAUCUAAAGAAUUAAGAGACGAUAUUUUAAAAUUUUAUAUGCUUCCUGGAUACAAGCCAAUAUAUACACCGAGACAACCAAAGUAUCCAAAGCUUAACGUUAAUACUGAAUCAAUUAUAAUUAAUUCAAAUCAUGCUGCACUCUUUCCAAAUUGGAUUGAUAGAAAAGGGGACGAGCAUAUUAAUAAAGAUAUUCCUUAUGAAUUUAAACUUUUAUAUAGGGCUAGCAAAGAUGGUAAUACAGCUGCAUCAUUUCAUACUAAAUGUGAUAAUAAGGGAGCUACUGUAGUUGUAGUGAAAAUUUCGAAUUCAGAGCAAAUAGUUGGAGGAUAUAAUCCACUUUUUUUGGAUUCAAGCAAUAGUUGUAAAUCAACAAAAGACAGUUUUAUAUUUUCAUUUGCAGAUAAAAAUAACCUUAAAAGCGCAAAUGUAGUUUAUAGUAAAACCGGUGAUAAAUCUAUUCAAUGUAAUUCAUCCUUUGGUCCAAUAUUUGGUGUUGAUUUAUAUAUACAUUACGGCGAUACUUAUAAUACCUGUAAUACCUGGACAAGUGAUGUAUAUUCAUAUCCUACACUUAAUUUACCAAAUUCAUUUAAAGCAGAUGAUUAUGAAGUGUUUCAAGUUAUUAAAAAAUAA